UGGAGGGCAGACUAGUCCUACUCGAUCAGCGGCGCCGCAGCUGGAUUUCUUAGUUCUGUUUCCUGUGGUUGGAUUUACAUCCGGGAGCAAGUAGAGGGGAUUGAUCAGCUUUUGGCGACCCGAUGAUUUGUGUUUCAGCGGAGAAACUGACGGAUGGGUAACGGGAGUCACUGAGGGCUUUAGCUGCUUGUUGUUGAUUUGCUCGCGGCGGGGCAGCAGAAAGUUGGAGGGAGGACGAGGGCUGAGUUUUCAGAGAGUCCGGGAGCAGCGCAGAGAAAUAGCGGAUUACUCUGCGGAGAGGGCGAAAUAAAACAAAUAACCGAGGGAGACAGGGAUAAAACAGGCUGCAAGAAGCUUCGAGAGAAGUCAGCUCCUGAGGGAAGUGAGAGAACAAUUAUAGGAAAAGAUAAACGGGGAUUGGAGCGUCGGAAAGAGGGCGAAGAGAGCCAGUAACAGGUGGGAAACAGGGAAAAAAGCACAGGAUGUGAUCUGGUAAAAACUGAAAGAAAUUGAAAUGAACACCAGCAAGAGGGAGGGAUAGGCAUCGGCUAUUAAUGAAAUCACAAUAAGGGGAAGGAGGGAGAAAAUACAGAAGGGAUAAAAAGAGUGAUAUGUCAGGAGAGAAGUAACAUGUAAACAGAGGAUUAAUACAGGAAGACCUGAUGAAGAUAAGUAAGAGAGAAGGUUGCAAAGUGCAAACAAAAGAUUUGCAGGAGAUUGUAAUAAGUUGCAUGGGGAGGAAGUAUUGAGUAUCAGAGAGUGAGGAUAGCCAGAGCUGAUGAAAGAAAUACAAGUACAGAGAGAGGGGAUCUUAUAGAGGGAUGAAGGGCUGAUGCAAGUUUCAGGAGAAGAAUGAAUGCUAAAAUACAUGAACAAACACAAACUCCAGAAUAACUGAGUGGAGGAAUAGACACAGAAAGACACUUUGUGAAAGGAAGAUUAUUGUUGCAGGGAAAGGAACAAAGGCAGGAGAGACACUGGAAGAGUCAAUUGUAAAUAGUAAUAUCAGACUGAAGAGCCACACACACAAAGAGGAAGCAUGCAGUGGAAUAAGCACUUAAUAUAUUAAAUUAGUCAAUGGGAGAAUAAAGGAAAUAAAUUUGUGAUAACGGUGGAGGGUAGCAGAUGCACAUUUACGAAAUCCGAGAAUAAGCAUUUGGUGUAAAGUCAUAAAUACCAAGAAUACAAUUUAUGCAGAGAAUAACAAAAAAAAUCCCGAGAAAGUUUAAAACUGUGUCAUAUUUGAGAUGAUUGAGAGUUAGUGGAAGAAAAACAGAACUAGUAAUAGAGAAUAUAAGUGGACAUUGAGAAAGAGGAUAGUAUCUCCAGUAUGGGGAGGAAGAAAAAAUCACUGCAUGAUUAUGCUGCUGAAUUUUGUGAUCUGUCAGUGAAAAGACAUGUUGUUGAGCAAAAGGAAGGUGGGGAGAGGGAUUUGGUGGAGAUUUUGUACUGUAAAUCCUGUGAGAUUCCCAUGAGUGCUCGGAGGGAUCGCAUUUUGGAGCAUCUGGCAUCGGCCAGGCACUACCGCAACAAACGGUUGGAGAAGCACACUUCAGCCAGACUUCAUGCAACCACGUUACUCAUGUCUCCCCCUACGAAUCUCUCUGCUGGGAUGUCUAUGUGUGAUCAACCUGUUCUACCACAGUCGUCAUCUUUUGUAUUCCGACCGAACCCAUGUCCCACCAGCUUCAACAAUAAUGUUUCUUCUCCAGUGUCUCAUAAUCAGAACAUGAUCUCAUUCAGAACAAGUGUAUCCAACUCUAUUACCAACACAUCGACUAUUCGCCAAGACGUGACUACCUCAAACUCUCCCUCAGGACCGGCACCUCCGUUCAACGGCCUGCAUGUCCUUAGUCAUUCCCACUCAUUGAGAUCCAGUGGCCAAAGGCACAUCAUUCCAGAAACUUCCAAUAACAUUGUUUCCAAUGUGGCAAUGGGACGAUAUGGGAAUGGCAGUUUGAUGGGCAGUCGCAUCGGAUUGGCACUUUUUGGCAUUUGCAGUGGCAACAGAGCUUUGUUUAAAAGCAUCCAAGAGGAGAGUGGCUGCAGCUUGCUUUAUAUUGUGGAGGACUGUAUUCAGGAUGUGGAAUGUGCCUUCAGCGCAGACGUUCUUGCAAAUACCCGGGUGGUACGUGGGCAAGAUGCUGACAUUGUGCUCAAUGACCAAUGUGUUUCAGGAGUCAUCAUUUCCUCGCUGGCAGAAGAAGGCUCAGAAGUAGUUCUGGAUGCUUUACGUGCAGGUAAAGGAGUAUUUUGUGAAAAGCUACUGAGUUUAGACAAACAUGUUGCUGAAUCAUGCUUUGAUGAGGCUGCAAGAGUUGGGAAACCUCUGGUCUGUGGACUGUAUAAGCGUUUCGAUCCUGCUGUACAGUUCUUAUACAAGAAGGUUCACAACAAGGCUCUGGGAAGAGUUCAGCGAAUUGUCAGUGUCAGUAAGACCUUCCCUUCUCCGUCUCUAAGCUACAUUAAAAAGACAGGUGGAAUUUUCUAUGAUGGUGUGGUACAUGACUUGGAUACUGUCUGUUGGAUUCUUGGAGAAAAUGCUCCAGAUACCAUAUUCUCCUUAGGCCAUGCCUUCUGUCAAGAAAUUGCAGCCCUUAAGGAUGCUGAUGCUGUCUCUGUUAGUAUGAAAUUUGCCAGUGGGGCAAUAGUCACGCUUGAUGUUAGUCAGCACUGUACACGGAGCAGUGACCAGAGACUAGAGGUUCAUGGAUCAGAAGGAACACUAAAGAUGGACAAUCAAAAUGCACUGGGAAUAACGGAACAGGGCACACCCAGGCCAGUGUGCUCCCAACUGCAUAAUGAGCGAUAUAGGGAUGCUUACAGAGAGCUUCUCAAACACUUCCUCAAGACGCUAAAAGGGAAGGAGCAGCCCUUUAUCACAAAAGAGAACUUCCUGUGGACGAUUCAGGUUGCUGCUGCUGCGGAGCAGUCUUGGAGGAACGGUUCAGCAGUUGACCUGCGGAAUGAACCUCUUGACGGCACUGUUAUUAAAACUGAGGUUCCCUGAUACGGAGAUGUGCGGAGGGAAGUGAGGACCAUGCUUAAUCACAAAAGCUGACAGUAACUUGUCAGGGCGUACAGAGGAAAUGAUCGGAGAGCAGACUACUGCUCUCUGCAUACUACUAGACCUUUUGGACAGAAGACAGAUACCUAUAAAGGAAGAAUUUUAUUCUAAGUAGGGUUAGAGUGGUAGCAAAUAUACUCAUCUGUUAAGUGGAGGGUUUGGGGGCGGGAUGUAAUGCAGGAGUAAAUUAACCCAUUGUGUGGUACAGUUCUGUCACACCCUCCUGAGAAUCUGAUGCUCUACCAACAAUCAGCACUUGGCAGAGACUAAUGGUUCAGAGUGCAGGAUCCUGCCUGCAGAAAUGUCUGCAAGAAUCUGGCAUUGGAACUGAUAAAAAAAUUUUUUAAAUGGUUUCUGCCUCCCUUCUUACUCCUCAAAUUGUAUACCACUUGUCCGUUUCAUGUGCAAUCCGCAGCUGUUGUUCAGUCUGCUGUUACCUAUAAAGGUGUCGAACUCUCGAAUGACAUGGGCAAAGCACUCGGUUAAAUCUGAUGAAGGUGAGGCUCUCCCAAUAGCAUAUCAGGAGUCUGAAGACUUGGGUUAAGUAUUUACUUUUUAGAGUACCACUAGAGGUGUGAUAAAAGUUUACUAUCUAUGAACUGGAAGAACUUGUCCAUUUGAUUUCAUGGUUCGUUGACCAUGGUCGGCACCAGUAUGUAUAACCAAUGUGGCGCAGGUUGCACAUGGACUUCUUGUUUGCUGUCUUCUACAUGAAAUAAAUGUUCGAUUCUUUGUUACAAUCAGUUAAUUGCAUUGAAUUCAAUUAUGUUUAAUGUGUGUUGUUUCAAAUAAGUAAUUUAUUUAGAAAAAUGUGCUUUUAUAUUUGCAAUAAUUGGACAACUUAGAAUUGCUUAUAAAUACUAUACUUGCCGGAUCCAACAUUGUAGAGAUCAGGUGAUGGACAGUUUGAAAUAUGCCCCUUUUGUAAUAGAAUAGUUAAUUUUAUUUUUAAAAAUGUAAACAUUUUAAUGAAUGUAAUUAUGUGCACUGUAUUGUCUCUUGUUUUUGACAGCCACACUUAUGUGAAAUGUAUAUACUUCCACUGUUUUGUCAAUGCAUUGAGUAUUAAUUUCA